AUGAGCGGCCUGGAAAUGGGUUUCGACGGCCAAGCGAGCCAAGACACAGCAGAUACCAGCUCCGGCGCACGGCGGCAACUGGCGACUGGGCCCUUUGUGUUGCGCACGCUGCUGGAGGACGUGCCCCUAUCCGAGGACGGGGACAACGACGAUGUCAAGAUCAACUUUGUCGAAUAUCUUGGCGGCAACCUCUACAUAGGCACUUCUGCCUCGGAACUCCUCCACUUCGUCCAGAUCCCGCCUGAUCCCGCCGACAAAGCCAGCCAGCCAGUCUUCAUACUCGCUUCGAGAUUGCGCCCGACAUAUAUCGAGAGUUCAGUUGCCGGCAAUGUCAAACCCGGGGUGCAGCAGAUCCUCCUGCUGUCCAGGGUUCAGAAGGCAUGCGUGCUGUGCAACAAUACCGUCACAUUCUACUCCCUGCCAGAGCUCAGCCCGGUCUUUGGGACUGUACGGGUCAAGAACUGCUACUGGAUCGGAGGCUUGGAUCUGAACAUCACAGAAAACGAUGAUAAUGGUCAUGGUGACGGGCGUCCCCUCGGGGAGACCAUCUUGCUGUCGCUUGCCCGCAAGAUCCAGGUCGUUCGGGUGGGCGAGGAUGCCAGAGUGUUCAAGCAAAUUGAUUUCGCUGGCAGCACGAUAUCGGUUCGGAGAGACUCGAUAGCAUGCGUGGCCGAUUCGAGGAAUUACGCUCUCUUGGAUGUGACCCGCCAGUUGAAGAUACCCCUGAUGGCCAUCUCUUCUCUCGACGAUUCGCAGCCGAAUAUGGGCCAGGCUCAGAAUAUCGCUGGAAAUUCUGAGGUUGGUAUCCUGCGUAGCGCCUCUUCGGCGCAAAACAGACCUUCAAGCUCAGGCACCAAUGACGGCCAUGGCCAUAAUCGGAGUACAAGCCUAGGAAACUUCAUGUCCCAGGCCAUGAAGAGGCAGAAUAACUCUGGCGAAGGUUAUGACUCCGAUCAUCAACAAGGAUCCGACACUCCGCAACGAUCAGGAAGCCCUGACAAACAAUCCACUCAGGGCCCGGCUUUGACAGAUAAAUCCUUACCCAGUCCUCCAAGCGGGGCGGUCCAAGCUUCAAAGGGACCUUCUGGCGCUCCGGUGAUUUUGAAGGCACACAUAGUAUCGCCUACCUCUGAAGAAUUUCUUCUUGUGACGGGCACCGGGCCUCAUGAUCCUGGCAUUGGCAUCUUUGUGAAUCUUGACGGCGACCCUACGAGACCUACUCUGGAAUUUGACAGAUAUCCCAAGGAGAUAGUUGUCGAUGGAGGAGUCGCGGACUUGUCAUCUUCAAGGCCAUCCAUGGAUGAAGAAGAAGAGGGUUAUGUUCUUGCGUCGAUGGCCAAGGAGUUUCAUGAUGGCCUUCACAAUGGCCUCGAAAUACAGCGCUGGGAUUUGAAUGUUGGUGAGGAAGUGCCUACCAAGCAUUGGCUUGAGGCUCCUCCAACCGAGCCACCUAAAACUCCAAAUGAUGCCAAGACUCCUUCACUUGGUAUCAAGUCGCUGGUGGGAACCGAGGAGUCCAACCUUCAAGAAGUUGUGGACAAGCUUUGCCAGAAGAAGUUCUCGCCGUUCUCUGCAGGCCAGCUUGAAUCAUCGGCAAUGUCACUCAGAAGCUUGGAUUCUCGGACAGCUCUUUCAAUGGAGAGAGUUUCUAAGGAAAGAGACCUUUUCGAAAGGGACGACGAGUCUCCAUUGCCUGAUGGCUGGGAAGCUAUGAGGAAUGAAGAAGAGCAAGAUUUUGCCAGGCGAUUUGCCAGGACGACCUCCCGACUGGCGGUCUGGUCUGGCAAUCAUAUAUGGUGGGCCGUCAGGAACCCAUUACUUCUGCAACUCGAUGCGAAGAUUGAGUAUUCAGCCAUGGAAGCGCAUGAAGCACCUCAUACGGUGGAGGAACGCCGUCAGUUGUUCUCCAUUCUGGCAACAAUCAGAGGAAGAGAUGCACGAACCGAACUCGAGUUCAUGACAUUCAGUUAUAUAAAGCAGAGGGCAAGCGUGCUCCUUUUCACCAGCUUCCUACAUUCAAAGGAGACACCAUUCCCACCCGAGCUUAAGGCCAUGGAAGAAGUACACCUAGAUUCAAGCUUGGACCCAAGAGUGGUUCUCGGCCUGAUCCCAGGCCUACGAAAUGAAAUAAUCGAAACUAGGAAGGGAAUUUGGAUAUUUGGGGGUGUCAAAGCAACAGUUGAGAAGUACAUGGCCUCUGAGAAGUUUAAUCAAGAAGGUCAAACGUUCGAAACUCUGGGACAAACAACCCUCCUAUUUACCAAAUCAUACCUCUGGGGCGUCCGUCGCAAGAAAGGCAUGGCAAGCACAGCAAACGCAGGUGAAGUGUUCAGAACCGUGGACGCUGCACUGUUGGUGGUUCUGUUAGAGCUUGACAAAGAUUCACCAAAGGGCAUGGGCAGGAAUGGUAGCGUCCGAUCGGAGCUUUACGAGCUGGUGGACAAGGGCGUUGACUGUUUUGACCGAGCCGUGGACCUGCUCGAACAGUACAACCGUCUAUUCGUCCUGAGCCGACUAUACCAAAGCCGCAAGAUGUCGGCCGACGUCCUGGCAACGUGGCGGCGCAUCAUUGAAGGCGGGCAAGACAACGGCGGCGAGUUCCGAGAUGGUGAGAUGCGCGUGCGCGAGUACCUCUCCAAAAUCAGCAGUCAGCCUCUGGUGCAAGAAUUCGGCAUUUGGCUUGCAAACCGCAACCCGAAACUUGGUGUGCAGGUCUUCGCAGAUGAAAAGGGCCGUGCCCCCAAGUUUGAGCCAGCACACGUCGUCGGCAUCCUGCGCGAGCAAGCACCCGAUGCCGUGAAAUAUUACCUCGAGCACCUGGUGUUUGAUAAGGGGCACACCAAGUAUGUGAAUGAGCUGAUCACAUACUACCUUGACAUCGUCAUCAGCGAGCUUCAGUCUUCUCCUCAAGCUCGCGAGGCCAUAGCCUCCACAUACGAAGCAUACAGGGCGCUGAAGGCGCCAAAGCCAACGUACAGGCAGUUCCUGAAAGACAAUGCACCUCCAGACGAUGAAGUCUGGCACAGCCGGCUACGCCUGCUACAGCUGCUCGGCGAGACGCACGAGUACGAUUUCAAGGCCAUCGGGUCGAGGAUCAGCAAGGCCCUUCCUGCCGACAAGGCGGAGGAGCAGCUGCUGGUCCCAGAAGCAAUCAUCCUCGACGGGCGGGAGCGCAAGCACGAGGAGGCCCUCCGGCUCCUCGUCCACCGGCUGGGAGACUUCGACACGGCGGUGUCGUACUGCCUCUACGGCGGCGCGAGCAUCUACAUCCCCCAGUCCGGGCGGCGCGAGUCCCUGCCCAGCGAGGAGACGCAGGCGGGCCUGUUCCGCGCGCUGCUGGGCGAGUUCCUCGCCAUCGAGGACGUCAGCGACAGGGUCGAGCAGACGGGCGCGCUGCUGGAGCGGUUCGGGGGCUGGUUCGACGUCAUGGACGUGCUGGAGCUGAUCCCGGAGGAGUGGUCCGUUGACGUGGUGGCCGGCUUCCUGGCGACGGCGCUGAGGAGGCUGGUCGCGGAGAGGCACGAGACCGACAUCGCGAGCAGGCUGAGCUCGGCGGAGAACCUGCGCGUGAGCUGGGACCUGAUCGCCAAGGUGGACGAGAAGGGCCCCACGGUCGAGACGGGUGGUUGA